AUGUCCUUCAACACCCCCCAGAAGAUCCUGCUUAUCGGCGCCGGCGAGCUUGGCCAGUCCUUCCUCAAAACCCUAGCCGCCUAUCCCAGCUGCCGUGUAGACCUUUCCGUCCUCCUCCGUCCCUCCUCCUCCACCGACCUUUCUCAAUAUAGCGCCACUGUGGUCAGAGGGGACACCACAGCACCUAUCUCUGAGCUUGCCGCCCUGUUCAAGCCUUACGAUACCAUCAUCUGCGCCGCCGGAUUUGCCUCUGGUCCUGGUACCCAGCUCAGGCUCGCCAAGGCCGCUUUGGAAGCUGGUGUGCCUCACUAUCUUCCAUGGCAGUUUGGUGUUGAUUAUGAUAUUAUCGGCAGAGGUUCGUCGCAGCCGGUAUUUGACGAGCAGCUUGAUGUCCGCGAGCUUCUCCGGGCGCAGAGCAAAGUCAAGUGGACUAUCGUCUCCACCGGGCUCUUUACCUCGUUCCUCUUUGAGCCUGGAUUCGGGGUAGUGGACUUGAAAGAGGGUGUCGUCCGCGCACUCGGAAAGUGGGAAAACUCUGUGACUGUCACCAGCUCUGACCAUAUCGCCAACUUUACCGCUGCCAUGCUCUUGGACACUCCCAGCCCGCCGGAGGGCGUAGUCUUUGUAGCAGGCGACACUGUCACUUUCCGAGACGUGGCAGAGCUGGUAGAAAAGGCAGGGUGGAAGGUGCAAAAAGAGGUUUUGACCGUCGAAGUGCUGGAGGAGCAGUUGAGAAAGAGCCCGGAUGAUGUGUGGACCAAGUAUCAGUUGAUCUGGGCGAGGAAUGCGGGCGUCUCUUGGCCCAAGGAGAGCACUUGGAAUGUGAAGGAGGGGCUGGGAGGAGAAGCAUUGGCUGUGCCAAAGCCUUAG